GUUUUAUAUUUACAAAAUAACUGUUUGACAAAAAUUGACAAUUUGGAGCAUGCCUGUCAACUGACUCAUAUAUACCUCCAGAGAAAUAAAAUCAGCAAAAUUGAAAGUUUAAAUGGCCUAAGAAAGCUGAAGAAAUUGAGCCAAAUCCUCUUAGAACAAUGUCCAACGGAACAGCAUGCCUGCGAACCUUGUUAAACACGAAGUCGUACAAUACUAUCUUGCAUGCAUAAAACCGCCUGAACAGAAAUUGUAUCAACUGAACUGUAAUUUCCCCUCACAUACACUACAUGCCGAAAGUCAUAUACAGCACUUCAGAACGGAAAGAAACUCCUGCGAUCGAACCACUUCCAUCACACGCACAGACAAUAGCAGAGACCAUCCCAAUCUAUGGUUAUCUAUGACACGAUUUUCCGUCAACAUGAGUAAUGGACGAGUACAUAGUAACCAGAUUCUUUAAGCUGUUACACGUGCAGAUCUUCAAAUACCAGUUACUGUUAACCAAAAUUAAUUUGCCAACAAAUCUCAGUAACCUCGCUCAAUACCAAAUUAAUGAAAAUCAAAUUUCUCGAGUUAUUACAUUAGGAUAGACCGAAAUGACGAAGAUACUAGGCGCAUUUUUGCAACUUCGUUGUGAAAGCGCCUAAAAUACAAAAUCUGGAGCUCACAUUGAGAUGCUACGACACGAUUUAACAGACAUGAUUAGUAGUGGAUACUUAGGAUACAACUGCAUAACUGUGAUUGAGGGUUUAGACAAGCUCUGCAAUUUGGAAGAACUGCACAUACAGAAUCAGCAGCUGCCACAAGGAGAAACUCUACAAUUUGAUCCAAGAACUAUGAAAGGACUUGCUAAAUCCCUGCAUGUUUUGGAUGUUACUAGUAAUGGUCUGACAUCAGUUGCUGACUUACAGUGCCUACAUAACCUGAAAUCACUGACAGCUCAAUAUAACUGUCUUAGUGAUACCAUAGAUCUAAUACAGGCUGUGUCCCAGUGGUACCGCCUUACCAGUCUGGAGUUAAUAGGAAAUCCUGUCUGUUCACAACAAAAGUAUAGAGAGAGACUCAUAAUAUUUUCCAGCAACAAUUUAGUAUUAUUGGAUGGGAAACAGAUCCAUGACACCAGUAGGGAUUUCCUCAAGAGACUGGAAAUCAUCAAAGGACACAAAAUGGCUUCACCUAUAAACCAUAGUAACCCUACAUUACCUGCAGACAUCGCAAACCUAACCAAGAAUUUUACUCCUGGAGUAAUGAAAUCAAUAACACAUUCUAUCUUACAUGAUGCUGAACUCAAAGCAACCUCAAGUGAUUAUGCAAGCAAACGAUGCAACAGUUUAAUGUUCCAAACUUGAAAGGUUUGGAGGUGGACAAUUUUCCAACAUCAAGUUCACUUGUUCCUCAACACUUGUGGCAGCAAGGAAAUAGUGAUGUAAAAACAAACAAGGGCCAGGAAGUCAGUACAGACUCAAAUCCUCAUUGGGUCAUCAUGAUGUACAUAUUUAUAGUGUUGUCCUGUAUUUCAAGCUGGAUAUUCACCUCCUGUUGGCUGUCCACAAGUCCAUGAUAACUUAUUGAACGAAAUCACUACAACCUGAUAACAUGCCUUGAAACAAUAACAAAGGACUCAUGUAAUAUGGCAAUUUGAUGACAUGCAGAAAUUAAUACAACUCAGAACAUUCUGAUAAUUGAACUGGGAUUACAAUAAAAGAUUUCUGUACAUAAUGAAUAUUUAGUUAAACUGCAUUAGGUUCCAGUACAUGAAGGUAUGUUGUAGAAGCAUCCACUGUUUAACUAAUGAACUUCAUUAUAUAAAAAGUGAAUUUUUAUUUAUCACUAAGCACUUACAACACACUAGCAUUUUUAGUUUUUUAUUUCUUCCCUUAUGUGCAUUGUGUAUGCUCUGUUUUUAAACAUAAAAAUAAUCAGAUUUACAUCUGAUCUUUCUUUACAAUAAGCAAAAAAGAG